AUGGCACUUGCAACGAAAGCAACGUGGCAGCUCGUCCUCAUCUUCCUCUUUCUCCUGAUAUGCCUCUGCUCAGCAGACACCAACGACCAAGUAGGCGCCAACAUCAACUACGGCACAUUCCAGAAUCCCUCGGCGAGAAUCCGUCCUCGAUUCCGGUACUGGCUACCAGACGCCAGCGCGGACACGACAACCGUGCAAGAGGACAUCAAAUCCGCGGGUGUCAUCGGCGCCGGAGGAGUCGAGUUUCUCCCCUUCUACAACUACGGCGGCGAAAUCGGCCCUGCGCCGCCCGGGGCAGACUGGGUUCGCUACGGGUUUGGAACGCCUGCGUUUCGGCAGGUCUUCCGCGCAGCUCUCGAGGCGCAUAGGGAGAAUGGCCUGGUGAUGGAUUUUGCGUUGGGGCCUAAUCAGGGACAGGGUGUUCCUGCGGAGUAUGAUGAUGAGGGACUGCAGUGGGAUUUGGCACCAUUCUCCAUCGCCCUGCCGGCCAAUGGGUCGUUUGAAGGCAUCGUUCCUGGCUGGGGUACAGGACAGCUCGUGGCAUUUGGUCUUUGCUGA